AAAUAAGUAAUUCAAACAUAUAAAGAAGUUUGAUGUUGACGUCACUCGUAGCCACGCCUCCGAGCUGGCGUGAUGGUUGACAGCCAAACUAGUCAGACAGGACUUUUUGCCCUUCUUUGCUAAACUUUUGCCACAACCGAUUUGCAGCCUCCGACGGAGGAAAAGCCGACUCGAGACCUCCUGGUCGACUAGGAGAUUCGUCGGAGGGUCGUUACUGAGAUUCAAAACAAACAAGUGUGCUUUGAAGGAGACAACUUGUUCGUCUUCGUGCAACAUUCUUCACUUCAGGUCCAGCUUGGUAAACAUUUUUUUUCAGCGCGCCCGUCGCUCACGUCCAGGCAGACUGUGAGCAGAGAGGUGGGUGGUGGGGUUGUUCCACGAGGGUCGACCAUGCGGAAGCGUUUUGACUGGAUUCGGCAUUGGGGCCACAGGCGGGAUGAUAUCGUGGAUCAUUCUGAGUCGCCCUACACGUCGGAUACAGAAUGCAGCGAGGAGGUUAUUUCAGCAACACUUUCUGAGGCUUCGCAGGACGAACCUAAAACUGAUCUUAAUGAAGUGAAAGGACACUUAGAGAUCACCUUGUUAGAGAAACACUUCUUACAGGAAGAGCUGAAGAAACUCAGAGAGGAAGAGACUGGCAUAGAAAUUCUGCGACAGGAGCUGGAAAGGGAACGCUGCAGGAACAUUGAACUAGAGCAAAAGCUAAAUGACAUCUUAAAUGCCAGACCUGACGAUUCACCGUCUAUCACUCCGAAAGCCUCGCCACCCAAUGACAUCACUGCUGGAAAAGAGGAUGCAUACAGUCGCUUUCAAAGGUUGCUUUUCAAUUAUUUGGGUGUCGACUUUAAUGACUUCCAAUUACACCGGGUGGAGGAGGCGCCCGAGCCAGAUGAGCCGCUUAGUGCCAGAAGGUUGACGGAAAACAUGAGGCGGUUCAAAAAAGGACUGAGGCCCAUCACCUGCUUUCUGCAUGACCUCUCAGCCUUGUCCAGCUGGUACUCCGUCUACACCACAGCCAUCGCCUUUACAAUAUACAUGUACGCUACUUGGCGCGGCUGGACUAUCUCCAUGUUCCUGUUCCUGGCUGUGCUUCGCCUCUCUUUGAACUACCUCAUUGCCAGGGGAUGGAGGAUCCAGUGGAGUAUCGUUCCACAAGUCUCUGAACCUGUGGAGCCUUCCAGAGAAGACCUGACUGUGUCGGAGAAGUUCCAGUUGGUUCUGCACGUGGCUCAGAGAGCUCAGAAUGUCUUUGGAAAGAUGGCCGACAUCCUGGAGAAGAUAAAGAAUCUCUUCAUGUGGGUGGAGCCUCAGUUGACGAAGAAACUCUACGUGGCUCUGGGGGUGUCCUUCAUCGCCUCUUGCCUACUGCCUUACAAAGUGCUCGGAUUCAUGAUUGGUGUAUUUGUGGGCGUCAAGUUCUUCAUCAUCAAUUUCAUCUUCAGGACUUGCCCAAAACUGCGUCAGCGCUACGACACUGCGCACAUUAUCUGGACAAGCCUCCCCACGGACCUCCAGAUGAGGGAGCGAGCCAACCCCUCAACUGGCAGACGGAUUCCUGGCGCCACCGACGAUGGUGGAGUUCGAUACUACAACACCAAGCGAGGCGCUUUCCACGAGGUCUUCAACCUCCCCGAGAGUGAAUGCCCCCUGGCAGUGUGCGUGAACGGUUGGCGCUGCUGCCUCAUCAACCGUGGCAAAAAGACACCCGCUGACUACAUCCGGAACGGCGUCCUCUAUGUCACUAACAACUAUUUGUGUUUCGAGUGUUCCCGCUCAUCUUCCUCCAAAAGGGACAAAGUCAUCAAACUGGUGGAAAUCAUAGACAUCCAGAGGUACAAAGCAUUGUCCAAGUUACCUGGCUUUGGGACAGGUAUAUCCAUAACAACACCGUCCACUCUGAAGCCGAUGGUGUUCGGAGCCAUGACCAAUACAGACGAAGUCUUCGACACUAUCUUGGCCCAGCGCAAUCAUGCAGUUGUCAUGGAGGCGACUGCCAGCCCGGAGACGUAGUAACUCUUCCUUUCAUCUUCCAAACACUCCAAAAAUAUGCUGCAGCGUGCAUUUGUUACAAUCAGGUCAUAUUGAAAUGUACACUAUUUUUCUGGGUUGAUGUUUAACAGAUUCUGUCAAAAAGCCCAUUUGAUGAUCACGACAUUCUUCAGCCUAGUGGUUGUUAGGUAUGAGUAUGACAUUUAAUGUCGAACAAAAGGUACAAAGUGCGAACAAAAAACAUCAAUGUUGCAUGAUUUUAUGGCCUUUUUAAUUUAUCCUGCUUUUGAUGUAAUGUUAUUCCUGCAGAUUAUCUCUACCACAAUGUGUCUUUGCCUCUCGCCUAAAAUUCUUUUUGUUUAAAUAUGCCUGUUUAAAAGUCUUCUGAGGGUUUUAUAAUGUGUGCUUGUACAGAUUGCUUAUAGUUUUUCUAUUUUCUGGAAUAGGAUGUAUAAUUUUUAUUAUUUUUUUUAAUUAUUUUUUU